AUGCUAAUACCAUCUUAUGAAUGUGCACCUGAUCAACCCUCUUCAUCAUCAGCCAAUGAUGAGACAGGUCGGUAUCGAUUACAACUUCGAGCUCAUCGACGACGACAUCGACAUCGUUCGAACUAUCUUGAACAUGAUCAAUUAUUUGAUUUGUUAACACAAACAGCUGAAACUGAUAAAGUUCGUGAAAAAAUUCGUCGAAAUAAGAAUAAGGCAAUUGAGAGAGAAAAGAAUGAAGCAUUGUGUGGAAGCGAAAGGAAGACAGUACAUCUGAACAGUUUGACUGACGAGUACGAUCCUCCUUUCAUUGUCGAAAUCAGGUGUCAAAACUUAUUUGAAUACGAACAAGGAUUAGCUGACUAUCUAGCUGAGCAGAAAUGUGUGCAUGGCCUUUUACGGUGUGUUCAACGAUAUGGAGAAAUUCACGUCUCACGACGUCCUGUUGGUCAUGGACAUUGGGUUCCACACACUAUCCGUGAUGUACCAGUUUCAUGUGAAUGCAUGUGGCCAGUCGAUCAAUAUGGUCAUCAGGAAUUAUAA